CGAGGUAAGAAAGACAGCGAAAAGGCCAAAAAGUGUGUGCGUGGACUUCAUUUUCACUCUGCAUAAUUUCCUCCUUCAAGAUCAAACACGGCGACUGACGAGAGGAAACUGAUGGGCAAAUCGUGGGCUCAGCAGGUACUCCACACGAUUGCCUCCACAUUCAACACCCAUCAUGUGGAAAUCAAUUUGGCCAGUGCUCGAGCCAAUGGAGAGGCACGAAGACGACGCCAGCACAUGCUGCCCAUGAUUGCAAUUGGUUUCACGGCGCUCGGAAUGAUUCUCAUGCCGAUGGGGUUCCAAUUCCUGGCCGUGCUGGGCGGCAAGGCGCUCCUGCUGGCGAAAAUGGCUCUCAUCCUCGCAUCUAUUAACGGGUUAAAACGGCUAGCGGCCACGGGCAUCUCCUACGGCCUGUACCAGAACAUCCCGCAGCAGAAUCCUGGCAUGUACUUCGACAGGAACGACCCCAGCGCUCAGUACUCUCAUCCGAGGGCCUUCGCAGCGCAAAUACCACCACAGAAUUAA